GACCUUCGGGAAGCCAGUGAAGAAGGUCUGAGGAGUGGAGAGGUGAGGAGCGGAGAGGAUCAGGAGCAGGGAUCAGGGAGGAUCAGGGAGGACCGCACCGCCAAACUGGCCACCACAAGCUAUCGGUUGGUCGUGGCGCCGGCGGGCAGCCAGCGGGGUUCGGCUGGCAAUGUGGUGGUGACCACCACCACCACCUCCUCGGGCAGCAACUCCUCCAACGGGGGAGGGAAUGGCGGAGGCAGUGGUGUGGGGGGCAGCGGUGCGGGCGGCGGUCUCAAUGUGACCACCAUCACAACGACGGGCGGCGGUGGCGGUGGCGGCCAAUUGCAGAGUGCCGGCAACAGUUCGCAGAGCAACGGAACCACCUACAAAAUCGAAAUGCUCGAUGAGGACAUCCAGAGCCUGGGCUCCGACGACGACGACGAGGAUCUGAUCAGCAGCGAUGGCAGUCUGUACGAGGGCGACCUGGGCUCCAUGCCCGUCAACGAUGAUGUGGCCCACCAGUUGGCGGCCGCCGGACCAGUGGGCGUGGCCGCAGCGGCAGCCAUCGCCAGUUCCAAGAAGCGCAAGCGACCGCACUGCUUCGAAACGAACCCAUCGGUGCGGAAGCGGCAACAGAAUCGCUUGCUACGCAAGCUGAGGGGCAUCAUCUAUGAGUUUACGGGCAGGGUGGGCAAACAGGCGGUGGUGCUGGUGGCCACGCCGGGCAAACCCAACACCAGCUACAAGGUGUUCGGGGCCAAGCCGCUGGAGGAUGUACUGCGCAACCUGAAGAACAUCGUGAUGGACGAGCUGGACAAUGCACUGGCCCAGCAGGCGCCACCGCCGCCGCAGGACGAUCCCUCGCUGUUCGAGUUGCCCGGCCUGGUCAUCGAUGGCAUACCCACGCCCGUGGAGAAGAUGACCCAGGCCCAGCUGCGCGCCUUCAUCCCGCUGAUGCUGAAGUACUCCACCGGCCGAGGGAAGCCCGGCUGGGGCAGGGAAUCGACCCGACCGCCCUGGUGGCCCAAGGAGCUGCCGUGGGCCAAUGUGCGCAUGGAUGCCCGCUCCGAGGACGACAAGCAGAAGAUCAGCUGGACGCAUGCGCUACGCAAGAUCGUGAUCAACUGCUACAAGUACCAUGGCAGGGAGGACCUGCUGCCCACCUUUGCUGACGACGAGGACAAGGUCAACGCCUUGAUUUCGCAGUCGGGCGACGAGGACGAGGACAUGGAGCUGUCGAAUCCUCCCACCAUCCACACAGUUACGACCAUGACGCCGCCAACGGGCAACAGCAAUCAACCGCAGCAGGUGAAUGUGGUGAAGAUCAACAGUGCUGGCACCGUGAUCACAACCCACACGGCCCAGAGCAACACGCCAGCCCCUACGAUCAUCCAGAGCACCAACAACCAGCAUGUGACCACGACGGCCACGCUGCCCGCCUCCACGAAGAUCGAGAUCUGUCAGGCGCCGGCCCAGCAGCAGCAACAGCACCACCAGCAGCAACAGCAGCAGCAGCACCACCAGACCCACUUGCCCAGCACGGUGCACAUCCAGCCGGUGGCCGGCGGUCAGCCGCAGACAAUACAGCUGACCACGGCCAGUGGCACGGCGACGGCCACCGCCGUGCCCACCACUGCAGCCGCCGUGAGUGCCGCCCAGGCCCACCAGCACCACCAGCAGCAGCAGCAGCAACAGCAGCAGCAACAGCAGCAGCACCACCAGCAGCAUCAACAGCACCAGUCGAGUGGCAGCCAAACGGUCACCGCACAGCAGAUCGCCAAUGCCCAAGUCUGCAUCGAGCCCAUUACGCUCAGCGACGUUGAUUACACCACGCAAACGGUGCUUUCCCAAAAUGCCGAUGGCACCGUGUCGCUGAUCCAGGUGGAUCCCAAUAACCCCAUCAUCACACUGCCGGAUGGAACCACUGCCCAGGUCCAAGGAGUUGCAACGCUCCACCAAGGCGAGGGCGGAGCCACCAUUCAGACGGUGCAGAGUCUCACCGAUGUCAAUGGCCAUGAAAACAUGACCGUGGACCUGACCGAGACGCAGGAUGGCCAAAUAUAUAUCACCACCGAGGAUGGUCAAGGCUAUCCCGUUUCGGUGAGCAAUGUGAUCUCGGUGCCCGUCUCCAUGUACCAAUCCGUGAUGGCCAACAUGCAGCAGAUCCAGACGAACAGCGAUGGAACGGUGUGCCUGGCGCCCAUGCAGGUAGAUACGAGUGCCAAUCGCAGCAGUCAAUCCACCGCCUCCGCCGCCGCCGCCAGUUGCUCCGCCUCAUCCGCAUUGGCGGCAAGUGGCGGUGGCGUUCAGUGCUAUUCACUGAUCUCGGCGGGAUCGGCGGCGGUCCUGAGCCGUCGCAGUGGUGCGGUGGUGGGUCAACAGGUCGCCCCGGGCGGGCGGUACUACCUGGCCACUGCCACCACCACCAGUAGCAGUGCCACCAGUGGCAGCUCUGCCAGUGGCUUUGGCCAGCUGCACAACAACAAUAACAGCAGUCUGGCGAAUAACAAUAACAACAACAAUAGCAUAAAGAUGCCCAUGCCCAUGCCCAUAGUGCUGGCCACGCCUAGUCUUCCGCAGGUGGCCAGCACGAGGUCCACCAGGAGGGGCGGUGGUGGAGGAGGAGGAGUAGCUGCUGCUGCUGAUGUGCUGCUUCAAAAGCGAAGGAAACCGAAUGCCUCGCUGAAGAACAGGUCCUCCCAUUUGAAAGCCAGUGAUGAGAGCGGCUGCUCUUCGGGCAACUCCUCUGCCUCCAUUCGCUGCGUAGAUAGCGCCAGUUUGACCAGUGUGCAGCUCCAACUGCCGGCCAUCAAGCUGGAGCACCUGGAAUAGGCUCCUCCGUUCCCCAUCCUCAAUCCCAAAUAAUCCAGCCCAUCUCGAAUCUAGUCAAAUGCGGCUUUGCACAAAACACAAAACAAAAAGGAAACAGAAAAUGAGACAAAAUAUAUGAAUAUAUAUACGAGGGAAACGCACGAAUGCACUUGCCAUUUAAAUUUAGAUGAAUGCCAAAAACAAAAAAAAACAAAAACAAAAAAAAAACCCAAAUGAAUUAG